CUGAAGGAAGUGAACGUUCUGACGGGGGAAGAAAAUGAAUUCAAUAUUCUACAGCUCAAUGCCAAGCUCUACCUCUUCGACAAAGAGACGCAAAACUGGCUUGAGAGGGGGCGUGGCCUACUACGACUCAAUGACAUGAUGAUUGACAGCAGUGAUAGAAAUAUUAUGAGAGCCCAGGGUAGUCUGCGUGUUAUACUGAACAUCAAACUUUGGUCCGGCAUGCUAUUGGAUAGAGCCAGCCAGAAGAGUAUUAAGAUUAGCGCCGUGGAUGCAGAGGAGGGCAUCAAGAUAUACCUUAUCACUGUUAGUUCUCUUGAUUGUGUAUGUGUGUGUUUGCGCGCGUGUGUGUGUGUAUAUAUAUAA